GCCUGUGUUACCGUAAGCAGAACUCUGGGAUCCCAACAAGGAGACGGCCAUUCCUUCCCUGCUCACCAUACAGGAGCCAUACUCACUAAUAUACCAGGAACAUGGAGAUGCGAGUCCUUUGGCUUUUGCUCUUUGCCGGAUCCAUGGCACAAGAAGACAUGGAUAGAAAUGUCUUCCUCUUCCCCAGAAGAUCUAAUGAUGAUUAUGUGGUUCUGAAACCAAUGGUGACUGGGCAGUUACACAAUCUCACCGUUUGUUUGAGGAGCUACACAGAUGUUGGAAGAUAUGCCCUUCUUACUGUGGGCACACUAGAGUCCCGGAUCCGCAAUAUGUUUGUUAUUUUACAAUCCAUAUCUAGUUAUUCCCAAACAUCACCAUAUCAUUAUUCCAAUAUCUAUAUAAACAAUAUGGCAUCACCCAUUCCUGAAAAGGCAGAUGUUCUGGGCUGGAUACACAGGUGUGUGACCUGGGACUCUAACACUGGGGUUCUACAGCUUUGGGUUAAUGGGAAAGUCUCCCCUCGCGCAGUACUGCAGAAAGGCUUUUCUAUUGAUCUCCAGGAUGGUAUUUCCCUGGGUCACAUGCAGGUAAGAUCUGGUAAUAAGCAUUACAUUAGCCAUUACUAUGUAUCUAAUCAAUAUGAAUGGGAUUCAUCCUCUCUCUUUCAAGGGGAAAUAACGGAUGUCCAUAUGUGGAAUGAGGUUUUGCCUCCUGAGACCAUAUGGCAGGUUCUGCUAAAUAAUAGGGAUAUCAAUGGGAAUGUCAUUAGCUGGAGGUCUCUGAACUACACUAUUAAUGGGGAUGUGACUGUCCAACCCAAACUCCAGUGUAGAUAUGGCAGUGAGUCUGGCAGCUCACACAGUCAUUGCUCUAUGGAGUAAUGGGAUUGAGAAAACAGGAUCGCAGAAUAGCAACUGCUUCAAGGGGACCUACUAUUUUGUUAGAAAUAUGGGAAUCUAUAGUUUCUAGAACAAAGGGCUCAUCUAAUCAGGCAAAGCUGAUGUUGGGGGAAUAAUAGUGUGUUUUGUCACCCCCAGCGUUUCGUUACCAGGUGACAAACCCUAGGAAAUCCCUCAUUCAUUCCUAUGCAAUUUGUCUGUACCCUCGGAUGCACCAGGAGGCCAGAUAAUUAUCAUUUGAAAAACCAAUAGGCAGCAUUUUCAGCAAUAAUUGCCCCAUUAUACAAUAAUCCUAUCCUCUUUUGUAUGUUUAUCUGUUCUCUGCAAGGACCAGUAAAAUCCAAAGGUAAAAAUCUACAGUUUAAGUCUGUAUCUGUUCUUCCAGCACUUACAAAUAAAUGUAUUCUUCCCAACAUAUGUCCUAUUUCAUAGCUUUUGGUCUGGCAGAGAGCUGUAAAUGGCAUUUGACAUCUGUUUAUCUACCUGCAUACCUACCUAUGUUUAUCUAUCAGAUAAGAUUGGGCCAAUUUUUUCUGCUUAUAUAUUAAAUAAAACUGGCUUGGACAUGUUACUCCUGUUAUUAUAAUGUGUAUCCCAUGAUUAUCCUUUGCACCAUGUAACACUAUAUUGUAUCUGCACAAUGACAUGAUAUAUGGCCAUAUUAAGGGAAUGUACCAAUAUACUCAUUUACCAAUAAACAGCAUUAAAUGAAAGCUA